AUGGCACCGCCGAUCGUGAGCACCAUCAACCGUAGCGACAUUGUGCGCCUCGCGACCACCUACUCGGACCUCUCAAUUGUGCCCUUCCCGCCGCACAAACCGGUGCUGCACCUCCUCCGCACCGCCGGGCAGGUCGGCACGCCACCGUCACCGUCAUGCUCGCCCCCGGGACCUGUCCCGGCAUCAUUCCGGGAGCAGGCGGAGAACGCCUUCUCCAACCUGGCCGCAUGCCUCAAGGCCGGCGGGGCGACGCCACGCGACAUAACCAAGAUCACUAUUUUCGUGGUCGGGCUGGUGCCCUCGCUGCGCGGAGACUUGGUCGAGGUCAUCACAGCUUUUUUCAGUCCGGGCGAAGGUGAGGGCGAGGAGGGGGCCGGCGCCCAUGCUCCGCCCAGCUCGCUCAUUGGCGUUGCUGCGCUUGCAUCCAGCGAGUUUCUUAUCGAGGUCGAGGCCGAGGCGGCGGUCGCGGUGGAGCCAGAGGCCUAG